AUGUUGAUUCAAACCUUCUAUAAUAUUCUAACCCAUGAGUUCCGAAUCUACAUUGAUGCUGCAUCAGGGGGUUCUCUCUUGACAAAGAACCUAACUGAGGCAAAGGAGCUGAUUGAGAAGAUGGCGGCCAAUGAUAAUUAUCAUCCAGGAGGUCGUCAGAAUGUGAAAAAAGGAGGUAAGCUUGAUGUAGAUGCUUUGACUAUGUUAGCCAGUUUUGUGCAGGCACUAACAAGCAGGUUUGAUAAGCUCCAAGCUGGAACUUUAACUAGCCCCCAGGAGGUUUGUCAAAUGUGUAAUGUGCAGGGCCACAUCGCACCUGAUUGCCCGCAAAACAUGAGUGAGAUGUCUAUUGAACAAGCUAAUGCUCUCUACUCUUUGAACCCCAAAAAGCCUUUUGAUCCCUACUCCAAUUCUUAUAACGAAGGUUGGAAACAUCAUCCCAACUUCUCUUAUAAGAACACCCAAGCACAACAGAAUCCACCAUCACAACCACCCCUACCCAACAACUACAACUCACCACCCGGUUUCCAACAAAGACCACCUAUGAACCAACAACCAACGCAACUACUUCCCCAAAAAUCUAGCCUUGAGUUGAUGAUGGAGAGCUUCAUUACCACAACUAACAGUGCCAUCCAACAACAAGGUAGCUCCAUCCAACAGUUGCAAGCCCAGAGUAAGCUCAUGGAAACCCAAAUAAGUCAACUCUCACAACAGGUGAGUCGUUUAUCAACUCUUCAUGAUCAAGCAAAGGUCCAAAAAGAACAAUGCAAUGCAGUUUUCUUGAGAAGAGAUGAAUCAUCUCCGAGGCAAAUAGAUGAGAAAGUGUGCAGUGUGGAGUCUAGAAAAGAUGAAAAAGGGUAA